AUGGAAAAUAAAAGUAUGAACCAUAAUAUGGAAGAUGUAAUUACAUUUACAAAUUAUGUAGACAAUAAAGUAGAUCAUAAUGAAGAUAAAGAAGUUGUAAAUAAACAUAAAGAUUAUGUAGACAAAUUAUAUGAUGACAAAUUACAUGUAGACAAUAAAUUUCUUAACAAAAUAAAUGAAUAUAAAGACAUUGAUGAUAUAUCAAAUAAAAUGAUCUCAGAUAUAAACAAUGAAACACAUAUGAAUCAUUUAAAUAAUAUUGUUGAAAAAAAAGUUGAAUCUUCUCUAAAUAUUUUGGAUCAAACAGUUCUUGAUCAACAUUUAAAAAUAUAUAAAUGUUAUUCAGAUAAGGAAGAAUUAUAUUCAUUAGACUAUAAAAGUAUAGAAGGUAAAGAAAUACAAUCAGAGGGGCACAUAAAAAGGUUGAAUGAUGAUAAAAAUAAAAAUAAAAAUGAUGAUAAAAAUAAAAAUGAUGAUAAAGAUAAUAAUGAUGAUAAAGAUAAUAAUGAUGAUAAAGAUAAUAAUGAUGAUAAAAAUAAAAAUGAUGAUAAAAAUAAAAAUGAUGAUGAUAAUAAUAAUGUAAAAGUGGACAAUAAAACAAAUGAACAUGUUCAGGUAGAUGUGAGGGGUGAAGAAGAAAUAAAAAAAGGAAUAUUAAAUGAAAAGCAUAAGGAUAUACAAAAAAAAAUAAAUGAGGAUAUACAAACAUAUGUUCAUAAAAUAAAAGAAAGAAAUACAGAUACAAAUCAUAAGAAGAAAAAAUACACUGAAAAUAUAAAGGAUGAUAACAUAAAUAAAAAAAAUAAAAUCUUGAAUAUAAAUAAAGAGUGUGAAGAAAGUAUGUUUAUAGAUAAUAGUAAUAUAUAUGUACUUAUUAAUAAAGAUGAUGAUAAUAUAGAUGAUCCUCUAAAAAAAACUCAAAGGAAUAUUGAGAAUAUAUGUAUAUCUGAAAAUAAGGAAAAAAAUGUGGAUUGUUUAUAUUUUAAUAAUGAUGAUAAAAAUUUAUUAAAGCAUAACACUUUAGAAUGUAAUAGAAAUGAAGGUGAUAAUAAAAAUGAUAGAAUAAUAAAAAGAAAGAGCUCGAAUAUAAAGAAAACAUUUCUUCAUAAUGAUAAUAAAGAUUUAUUAAAUGAAAGAAGAAGGGUUAAUAUGAAAAGAAAUAAUAAAGAAAUACAAUUAGAAGGGAUUGAGAAUUAUGUUGUAGAAAAGAGAAAUAUUAUGAUGACAGAUAAAGAAGAUAAUAAUGACAAUAAUAAUGAUAAUAAUAAUGAUAAUAAUAAUGACAAUAAUAAUGAUAAUAAUAAUGAUAAUAAUAAUGAUAAUAAUAAUAAUAUAUUGAGUACUAUAAAUUGUAUAUUUAGUGAGACAACCAUUUCGAAUAUUUUAUCAGAAUAUUUUCUAAAUAAAAAUGAAGAACCAAAAAGUAAUAAACCAUAUGAAUCUCAUAAAGAAAAAAAAGACGAUGAUAAAGAUAAAGAAUAUAUAAAUGUAUGUCAUGAGGAAGACAAAAAUGAUGAUAUAGAAAAAAUAAAUAAUGAUAAUAAACAUAUUAAUAAUUAUGAUAAUAUCAAAGAUUAUGAAUCAGAAUAUCAACAAUAUAAUAAAAUAAAUACAUUAAUCUCUAUAUCUAAAACAUUUCCAAAUAAUAAUAUAACAAAUGAUAUUAAUGAAAUGAGAAAUUUAUCUAAUGAUAUAUAUAAUGAUAAUGAUACAAACAUAAUUAAUAGUUAUGAUAAAAAUUUAAAGAAGGAUACGACAUGUAGAUUAAAAAAAAAAUAUAGAGAUAGAAAUAGCCAACAUAAAAUAAAAAGACGUGUUGAAAAGAAUGUAUUAGUUGAUAAGUAUAAAAAUGAUAAUAUUCAUAAUUAUAAAGAAAGAGGAAGAAAAAAAAAAUAUGCCACACAAAAAACAAAGAAGAAUUUACAUUUAAUCAAACAAAAGGUACAAAAAAUUAGAAAUAAAAAAGAAAAAGAAAAGAAAAAAAAAAAUGUUAACAAUAUUGGAUUAAUUAAAAAAAAAACAUAUGUAAAGAAAUAUAAAGAAAAACAAAUCAAAAUAAGUAAUAAAAAAGAUGAAAAAAAUUAUUUUAUCAAUAAAAAGUUUCAAAAAAUUUUAAACGAAAUAAAUAAACAAAAUAAAAUCAAAAAUAAAAUACAAGAUAGUCAUCGAAUACAUAAUGUAUCUACAAAGAAAGAAAUGCAAAAUGAUAAUGUCCAUGUUCUUAUAUCAAAAAGUGAAUGUCAUUUUAUUAGCUUUGAUUCUAUGCAAAACAAAAAUUUGGACAAGAAAAAAAAUAAAAUAAAUAAAAUAAAUAAUAAUAAUAAUAAUAAUAAAAACAACAACAAUAAUAAUAAUAUUAACAUAAAGAAAGCUACAAAAAAAAAUGCAAAGACUAAAGGGAACAAGAAAAAUAAAGCCUCUAUAAAAAAUAAAACAACAUCAAAAAUGAAAGGUGUGAAAAAUAAAAAAAAAACGAUCAAAAAAAAAGGUGUAAAAAAUAUAAAAAAAACGAUCAAAAAAAAAGGAGUAAAAAAUAUAAAAAAAACGAUCAAAAAAAAAGGAGUAAAAAAUAUAAAAAAAACGAUCAAAAAAAAAGGAGUAAAUAAUAAAAAAAAAACGAUCAAAAAAAAAAUCGAAAAAAAAAAAAAAAGCCCUCUUAAAAAAAAUGCAAAGGUUAAGAAAAUAUCAAAAAGUAUUAAAAUGAAAGAAAAGGCAGGUCUAAAAAAUAAAAAGAAACAUAUGACGAAAGAAACAAAAAAAAAAAAAAAACUUCUUAAACAAAAGGUGGUAAGGAAGACACAACAAGGUAAAAUCAAAAAUAAAAUGAAAAAAGGAAAGGAAGAAAAAAUAUUAAAAAUAAGAAGAAAGAAUCUUUCCACAAAGAAAAAGGAAAAUAAUCAUAAGAAUAAAAACAAGGAAGCAAAAAAAAAAAAAAAAAAAAAUACUCCCACUACCAAUAAUGAUAAUAAUAAUAAUAAUAAUAAUAAUAAUAAUAAUAAUAAUAAUAAUGAUAAUAAUUAUAUAAACAUGGAAAUGAAAACACAUUCAAAGAAAAACAAAAGCGGUGAUCAAAUUCAAAAUUCAUAUGAUGAAAAACAAAAAAAUGAAGAUGGUGCAGACGAAUAUGAUGAGUGUGUUGAAACUAUCGAAGAACAAGAAGCCUUUGAAAAAUAUGUAAAAGAAUUAGAAACACUUGAAAGAAGAAAAAGCCAAUUUUAUCAAGAAAUAUAUGAAAAAAAAAAAUAUUUAGAAAAUAAAAAUGAUCAUUAUAUAAGCAAACAUAUUUAUAAUAACAACCAAAAUGAAGAUGAAGAAAAUGAUGAAUAUGUUGAGGCAUUUGAAAAUUUUGAAAAUAUAAAAAAAAGUGAUAAUGAAGUUGAAGAAUUUUGUAGCUCAGGAGAACUAUUAAAUGAUAUUUUGAAUUUUAAUGAUAAUGAAAGUGUUCAAAAUAAUUAUGCCAAAAAUAAAAAUUAUAUGUAUGAUAAUAAAUACCUACAGAAUCAAAAAGAAGAUGAAAACCAUUCUAUGCUAUCACUAUCAACAGAAUUAAAUUAA